CCUCAAGAACUUUUUUCCUUUCAAGAGUUUGUUGAAGGUAAAUGAGACAAUUCCUGCUGGACACUUCAAACAUAUAUUGCUGGACUGCAAUACUCUUAGUAAGACAGCAUUUUUUUAUUCAUGAAUGAAUGACCAAAGGAAAUACUGGAAUACUUUUGGAGCAUUAAAAUGAAGGACCUCAUAUAACUACUGAUUUUGAACUCCAAGCCUCUUCUGCAGUAGCUUCCUAUCUUACCUACAAGAAACUCAUGUUAACAUAUUGACCAGACAUAAUUCAGUGAGCAACCAACAACUGUAAUAAGUGUAUGAUGAGUAGUGAUUUGGCACUGUUCAAGCAUGCAUAUAUUUAAUAUGGUUCAGAGAAAGGUGGAGUAAGAUGGCACGGUCGAUUUUGCAGCGCUAAAUGUGAAAGAAGAUCCAGAAAAAGAACGUCUGUGAAUGUCAGAUACGUCUGUGAAGGAAGUGAAAGUAUGAGUGGAAAGUCUACAAUCUAUCAAAUAAAAGGGAAGAGUCUCCUCAGCCUAGCAUUUCACUGUAGUUCUUGCAAAUCCAUCAUCUGAACUGCAUCAUAGUGCAGCUUGCAAGAGUUUUGCUUUGAGUGGCGAGACGAUAAGGAGGGUUCCUAAGGUUAAUUUCUAGCCAAAAUUUUUCAAAACAAACAUCUAAAACGUCGGUCGAGUCUGAAGGCUGAUGUCAUCACGUUCUCCAGAAUGGCAGGAAAUAUCACAGUAGCAGCAAUCUUCAUGUUACUGACAGGAGUUCAAGCUCAGCACAGUGUAACACUCCCCUCUCAGAAUCUCUGUGCUGUUACUGGAUCUAUAGUAAAAAUUCCCUGUAGAUUUUUAAAACCCAACGCCAAACAGAAAGAGUGGUUUCGAGUCCAGAGCUCUGAAAAAGAACCUCUAGUCUUGAGCAAAGAUCCACAAUAUUCAAGACGGGUGUCUGUAAGUACCCAGGAGUCUAACUGUGAGCUCACAAUGAGCAAUGUGAGUAUGAAUGACUCUGGAGUUUAUAACUUCAGAUUUAAACCACACAAAAGUGUCUGGAUAUCAGCCCCAUCUGGGGUCUAUCUGACCGUUACAGACUUGCAGGUGACCGUGAAUCCAGACUCUUUAGAACGUACAGAAGUGGAAGUGAUGUGUAACUCCGCCUGCACUCUCAGCACAUCCUGUUUUAUCUGGUACAGAAAUGACUGGUUACUAAAAAAAACACACAAUGCUUCCAUUUUGCUUGACCCCAUACGUCCAUCUAAUGAAGGCAGCUACUCCUGUCAAGUGAAUGAGAGUUCACACCGAUCUCCUCCGACGUGUGUACUGGGAAAAGAGUGUUGGGGUGUGACUUACACUCGUGAUCAUGUGUGUGCUUUGAAAGGCACAUCGAUUGAUCUCUCCUGCUCUUAUAAACAUCCUGCAGGUCACACAGUGACAAAAUCUUGGUGGUUCAUUAAAAAGCAGGCUGAUGAUAAGCCUGUGGAUAUGAGAGGAAAUGAGGAGUAUCAGGGCAGAGUUCAGUACACACAGAACUCCCAGAAUAACUGUGGUCUGAUCAUCUCUAACCUGAAAGAGACAGACGCUCAAACAUACAGUUUCAGAUUCUACACUGACCGGGGUGAUUACACCGGUGAACCUGGAGUCUCUGUUUCUGUCACAGGUCUGAAGGUUACAGUAUCCGACUCGGGGAGUGGACAAAUGAACCUGAGCUGCAUCACCACCUGCACCCUGUCUAACAACCCCAGUUACAUCUGGUACAAGAACGGACAGCGUGUGUCUGACUGUACAUCUGCCUCCUGCUCUGUAGCUGAGGUCAGUGGCGUGGACAGGUACAGCUGUGCUGUUGAAGGUUAUGAGAGUCUCCGAUCUCCAGUGUAUUCCGAAGAAAAGACAAUGUUAAAGCUCAUCAUAGUGGGACUGAUUGUCUUUCUGGCAGUAACAGUAAUCGUCUCAGGAGCUCUGUGCAUGUGGACGAGGAAGACGAGCUCAGCUAAUGUCCACAGCAGCCCUGCGAAGAGUGAACACCGUCAGUCUGCCUUAUACCUCGCAGGAAGAGACACACCAGACGCUCAGGAUAGCAUUCACUAUGCCAGUGUUGAUUUUAAACGAUCACACAUUCAAGAAGGGUCUCUUCCUCCAGACACCACAGAUGAAGAACAUGUUCAGUACGCUACUGUGAAAAAAUGCACGGGGGUUAAAAGGAUGUUCAGUAUGAGCAGAAGGUGAAGUCUAGGGAUUUGUACUGGAUAGUUUUUAUCAUCAUUUCUCAGGUACAAGGCAACAGACUUCUAUGUAAUUACCAUUUACAGUAUUAUAGAGUUUACCAAAUACACCAUCCUACUAUACUUUGUUUCAUAAUCUCCACCAAAAUAUAUAUUUUUUACCAUAAGAAUAAUACAAUUACUGUUUUUUUAUACUGUACUUCUAGACUAAAAUAUUUGUCAUUAACUAAACAUAGUAUAGUUUCAAAACCUUUUUUAAAGUAUAGUUUAAAAAAUUGCUUGUAUAACCGCUAUAAUUUGCUAUUUUAUUUUUUAUAUAAUUUUUUUAUAAUUUACAUUUUAACUGCAAUUAAAAAAAAAAAAAAUUCUAGCAGUUCUGAAUGCUCUGAAAUUUACUUUUCAUGUUUUGACAAAAGAAAAUAAACAGCACAAGUGAACUGGGAAUGAACAUGUUUUACGUAAAUAUUCUUCUUUUGCCUGAAAUGAUAAAGAAAAAGCAAUUACGAAAGCAUUUUUAGAGCAGGUUAUAUGAAUAUGGAAACAUUUUGCUGUACAAUUCUGAGUUACUGAGUGAUGCAUUGAGAACAGGGUAAGUUAGCAACAACUGUUUAUUAAAAAAAAUAGAAACUUUAAUGAAAACCUCCAUAAUAAAUGUUGACUUAAUGUAUCAAUACUCAAAUCAAAUGGCUGGACAUGGAAUUUGCUAGAAUGCAACAUGCUGUACUGUCUGAUGCUGUAG